UGGAUAUUAGUCAAUACCAUCGACCCCAGCACUGAUGAACUGGAAGGAAAGGGCUGUGAUGUCAACAGUCAAGGAGCUCCACCGGAACAGGAAGGGGGAGAUAGGAAGUGAGGGAAGCAAGACUAGGGUCGCCCUCUUUCAGCCUGGGGCAGUCAUGGUGAAUGGAUGUGAGUAGAGCAAGCUAGCAGGGAUUGGUAGUAGCAACGGCUAAUACUAGGUGAGACAGGUAGGGCAUGUGUUUGGACUUAACACAGCUGGACAGCCAACAAUGAGAGGCUGUUUGAGAUUGAAAUUUGAAUGAAAGUUCCAGCUGGACAGCAAGUCAACCGGCAAACCACCCGAAUUGUACGGGUUGGUCCCAAAAACAUAUUCCGUGCGAAUAUAACAACAACAGAGGUUAAGUAUGUAAAUGCUGGCAAUGUGUUUCCCAGGGUCAGUCCAUACCAGACUCCAACCAUCUCUACUGCAGCUCUGUCAAAGUCACCAUAUAACAGUUAUCUUAGAAACAACACCCACCCAUUGCCAUUGCUACCAAAGUUGAAUGAAAGCUCUUUGGAAACAAUCAAAAUGCAGAUUACGGCAAGUAAUACAACUACAACACCAACACCAACGCCAACAUCAGCACCAACACCAUUAACAACAGCAGCAACAAAAACGAUGAUGACAGCAGUUACGUCAGAUGAAUGUGUGACAGCUGUGAAUGAUACGAUCGAAGACAGCGUUAGGUUGAAACAAUCAAUGACCUCAUACAGUGUAAAUGGUAACAGUAGACAUGGCAUUGCAAUGUGUAGCAGUGUCACUCCAGCUGCAAAAACUGACAAUUUGAACUGUGAAGACAAUGAUGAUAAUGUUACUUCCAGUGAGAGUUUAUCCUUGAAUCCAGACCCAAAUGAUAGCAGUACAGUGAGUGAAUCAAAAUCACUGAUGGAUGCACAGUUGGCCAAUAUUGGGGAAAAUUACAUGGAAGAGACAAAAACACCCCUUUUUGAUCCAAAAGAACAAGAGAAGCGAAACAGGCGUAAGUUCUAUUGGUAUGGCAGUCACAAAUUGAUUAAACCGAUCAAAGACAUUCCCCUGAGAUUUCAGCUAAUGCUCGCAGAAACCAAUGCAGAAAAAGCUCGGUGUGAAGGUCGGCCUAUUAUUCUUCGCCAGCAGAUGGAUCUUGCUGAACAGUUUAUGACUUCUGGAAACACGUUUGGUCCAGAUACACCUUGCUUUUUGCCAGGCUUUAAUUAUGACCAACCUCGGGUUUGUUCAACCAAUGGCUUUGUUGAGAAAAAAGACAAAUCUGGUUUGACAGUUAAUUCUACUUCCAGUAAAGGGCCUGCUGCUGCUGUGACAAGCACCACUAGUGAUUUAAUGACUAACGCUAGUGGGCUAAUGACAUCGCUGUCUCCCAUUACUCAAGCACAUCCAGCUAUGUAUACACUGCAUAUGUACAAUCCUGGCUGCAAUCUGGAUGGUUCGACUUCACCAGUAGGUAGUACAACAGCAAGUGCAUCUACUGCAAAUGCAUCUACUGUUACCAGUGCCACAGGGUCUCAUACCAACCCCACCAGCUCUUCUAGUAGCGCCUGUUGUGUGCGCUUGCCAAACCCCAAUGUUCCUGGAUACUUAACAAGAAUGUCAGCCCAUAGCUUUCCACAAGCUCCAUUCUACUUCUCUCCACCAGCUGUUUCAGCUUCAACGAAUGCACCUUCAUCUGCUCCAUAUAUGACACCACAACCAAACUUUCCCCCAGGCUACCCACAAACCACAGCUUUACCCCACACUUUCAUACCAGGCACUUCAUCUCUUGGGAACACUACUUUUGGUCUAGGGGCAAUUAAUGCCUCAACUACAGGACAAGCCCUUUCCUAUCCUCAGUACACACCUUGCAUUAGUUACACACAAAAUAACCAAUACACUGUCACGGCAGUCCCACAGUAAAAACAUUGUUACAUCAGCUCUGCAGCAAAUCAAGCCUUUCUUAUCACAACUAUUUCUCCUCAUCUCUAUUCUCUUUGUUCUUUCUUUACUUCUGUCUUCUCUUAGAUGACACUACAACACACAUCAUGACAUGGGCCACAGAUAUAAUACAACUCCAUUAUUUCUCUUAGAAAAUGAACAAAUCAUUUAAAGAGCUUUAACCAUUUCCUAUCUAGUCAGCUGAGGUCUCAUUCAGCUUAGCCUUCAUCCACAUCUCUUGCUGGCAUGUGAACAAUCUGCUAGGUUCUCACUUCAAACUGGUGUACUUCAAAUAGCCAAAUGUAUCAAAUACCAACUUGUGACUUUGACACUAUAUACCUGAUCAAGCUGCAUCAUUUGCCACUAGAACUCAACCUCUAAAAUCUUGAGAUAUUUCUGAAACUUUCUGGAACUUUCUGGUGUCUCUCGCUAAUCCAAAAUAAGCUUUAUCUUCUAAAACUUUUACCUCCAUAUUGAAUUUAUUCUCUAUCAGGUGAAAGUCAUAUAUGAGUUAAGGAUAAAUUGGCAUGGCAUUGACAAAAAAUGAACUAUUGACCUUAAGACCAUUAAAUUGACCAGCUACUUGCACACACACACACACACACACACACACACACACUCAUUCAUUCACACACGCUGGAACAUACACAGCACACUCACAUGCUCACAGAUAUAUAUUUAUAUAUAAAUUUGUACACAUAUCAGUACAUAUAUGCACACAUAAAUGUGUGUGUUUUCACACACAUAUAUAUGUAUGUAUGUAUGUAUGUAUGUAUGUAUGUAUGUUAUCUGGAAAGUACAAUAUUAUAUGUCCAUCAUGGCUGAUCUUACAAACCAGUUUUGCAUAAGGAAUACAAGCCGAUUAUAUAACUUUACACUCAUCAGAGUUAGUUCAUUUGGAAAGGAAUAUGGUAACUGCUCUCUAUUGGUGGAAGUGAAUAGAUACUUUCGGUUUGCAGUUGCUGUGAAAAUAUAGUGAAAUAAAAAUGAGCAGGGGAUUAGGUUAGGAGUUAUGUCCCUUGGUUGGAUUCACUAUAAAACCGGUCAGAGUUAUCUUGAAGUGUUUGUGGAAAAUGUGUGCGUUAUUUAGUGUAGUGCUCCUAUGGGAAUGGGAUAUGUGUAUUGGUGUCAUAGGUAUAGUUUUUUCCAUGGGUGUAGGUAAAUAUAAUAAUAAUUGUGUUCAUUAGUCUGUUUUCUUUCUGUAUUGGCUAAGGUCAUUGGGCUUUAUGUUAGUGUGUGGUGUGUAGGGGUACAAUAUGUGUGUGUGUGUGUGUGGGGGGGGUUAUAUAUGUGGGGGUACAAUAUGUGUGUAGUGAUAUGUGUUGGGUGGGGUGGGGUGGAAGAUGGUCUAUUUGGUAGGUGUCUGCCUUGUUGGGGUGUGCACGUAUGUGUGUGGGUCGUUGGUGUGUAUAUGUAUGUAUAUGGGUGCAUUUGUGUAUGCUCUCACCAAGCUCUUUGCAAUGCUCAAGAGUAUUGGUGGAAAGCUGAGGUUGGUGGACUGGUGGUUGUAGUCAUGGUGGGAUGCGCAGGUAUGAUAAGAUGUACUUCAUUUGAUGUGGGCAAGAGUUGAACACUUUAUUUCUGCUAGUCAGGUAAAUAUCCAGGUGCUGGGUACCCUUUAAAAUCCCUCUCUUCUCAGCCAGGCAUAACCUGCACUUCCUGCUGCUAUUGAAGUACAGUUUACAUUUCUCCAGGAUCUUCCACUUUAUGUUCUACUCUGUGGCACUUUCUUUCAAAGACCAAAUGUGUCUCUCUGGGAUGCUAUAUACACACACACACACACACAUAUAUAUAUAUAUAUACACAUAUACACACACACACACACACACACACACACACACACACACACACAUA